AUCUCUGACUGACAUCUUCCAGUCUGGCUCGCGGUGUUUAUGAUUUAGGGAAAAGUUGAGCGAAUUCACACACUUCGCUUCACCACAAUCAUCGUUUUGUUUAAUCAGCAAUUCAGUAUUUAGAGGCUUUAAGCUUCAAGCGCCCCAAUUAGUGCAUUACAAAAGAAUAUCAACUUUUCAUGACUCGGAAAAUGGCUUAAACACGAAAAAAAUAUUUGACAACCGCCCCGCUCUCCCCUAUUUCUACCUACUACUCUAGAAACGACCAUUUGUUGAUCUUCCGCGCACUCCAAAGUCUCCGGUGAAGAUCGCGCCUAUUGAGUAAUUUGAGUUAUUGCAAUUGUUUCGUAACUCCUCUUCGUCUUCUUCCACUCUGGCCACAAUUACACCUGUUCGGCGGACGCGCGUGCGCCGUGACUGGAAGAGUGUGUGAUCAUCCCGCCACUCUCUCGUUCAGGUAUCACGCCGUCGCCCAUAUAAGAGCUCGUCCCAGCGAUCGGAGGAAGUCAGUUGAGUGCCAGUGCGUCGAGUUGCAUGCGUGCAGAGCUCAUCCAGUGCGAAAGAAAGUGCAAGUUGUGACCGUAAACAUAGACAAUGAAGUUCUAUCAGGCCCUGUUCUGUCUAGUCCUCGCCAUUGCGGCCGUCCUCGCCUAUCCCGGCCAUCACGCCGAGAGCUACGCCAAUCUCAAUCAGCACCACCACGAUCAUCACUACGUCGACGAUCACCACUAUGGCCCAGCGCCUUACAAGUUCGAGUACGGCGUGAAGGAUCACCACACGGGCGAUCACAAGGAGGCCUGGGAGCACAGCGACGGACACCACGUCAAGGGAUCCUACUCCCUGUACGAGCCUGACGGCACCAAGCGCGUCGUCGAAUACACGGCGGAUCCUCACAAUGGCUUCAACGCCGUGGUGAAGAAGGUCGGACACGCCACCCAUCAUUAUCUCCACUGAUUCCCCGCCAAAUCCUAGUUCUUGUUUGUUUGUUUUCUCGUUUGCUCUCAAAGAUUUAAAGAAAUACUCAAUCAUGUAAUUGUUAUGCAGUAAAUAAACUUCCCUUUUGUGAUAUUGAAACAAUUCUCCACGCUUUUCAAUCACUCCUCUCGCUCUGUAAUCACUUUGGCGGCGUGUUUUGUGAUGGAAGGAUAUUUUCGGAACUCUCUUGUGCAGACGAAACUCGCGACGAGCGAUGUCGCGAGUUGAGCAAUAGUGUAAUUAAAUAAACCGUGACAUUGCUCCCGCGCUGGCAUAUGGCAAAUUCUCACGUCUUUUCUGUAUUUUUCCUUUUCCCCUUCGCUCAGCCAGUCCAAAUAAUUCAUGGCAUGCAAAAGGUUAAGAGUCUAGACGUUCUAUUGAUUAUUCCUGUGUGUGUAUUAUUCCGCUGGCCAGUGUUUAUCAAAGCCACCCAAGCUCGCGUCGUGCCUUUAAGAUAAAUGUCUGGCGAUCUCAAACAUGAUUCGCAAUCGUUUAUCAUCAAUAGUUCAUUGGCAUAUGUGGCAAUUAUUGGCUAGCGACACGAGUGGGAGAAGAAAAGAGGAAAAACAGUUGGUGGAAAGUCAGCUAUUUGCAUCAUUCAAUGCAAAACGUGUACAAAAUAAUUGAAACUUGCAAUUUCACCGCGAGGGAUUAGAUAACACGAAAAAAUAAUGCAGAGAAUUGCAUUUUUCGCAGAAAAUUUUUCACUCUCUAUUUGUUCCUCGCGCUUAGAUUCAAACCCAAUAAACGAGGAAGUCAACAUGAGCAAUAUACAACACUGUCAUCAUCAGCUCAAUAGAGUCAGAGGCGCUCGAGUCUUGUGCUGAGAUACAAAAUAGCGAAUUUUCUGCCUUCACCAGCGAAGAGAUACAUUUCCUCUUUCACAUCCACACACAGAGAGAGACGAAAUGGCAACAAGAAGAACGUGAUAUGAGGCAGCGCAAAGCCGUAUACAUUUUUCUUCUUCAUCGCAUUUUCUUCAAUGAAGAGGAAAAAACAGGAAAUUAAUAGCGUCGUGCGCCUGGUCCAGUUUCUAUAUGCGCAUGAAAACGCAUCACGAUAUUCACUCUUGUAGGAGAUCGAAAUAUGUGCAAAAACUUUCACUAUGCAGACACUUGAAUCCACCAAUGAGAUAAACCAUUGUGGCUUGUUAGCAAUUUGUAUACCAUUGAGGCUAUUUUUCCUACUUUUAUCGCACAAUCCACUUCCUGACCCCAUUUCACAUACACAAUCCACCUCUUCGCUUCCAUUCCCAUCUCGAAAUAUUAGGAAAAUAAUGUGAAAAAUUAUCUCUUCACUCCCCAUCGGCGCUCUUUUCCUCAAACCCAAACCGCCUCACACUCAAUAUUCACACAUCACAGUGUCCAUCGUAAAGUCUUGUGAUAUAUUUUUAUCACACAGAUUAUUUAAUGUGGCAUAAUAAAUCCGUUAUGGAAGCACGAUUCAGAAGAAAGCCCAUUUCACUCGGAUAUCGUCUCAAUAGGCCGACAUAUUACGCAUAAAUGCGUCUCUUUUUGAUGUCAAUUUACGUAAAAAUGCAAAGCGAUGCAAAGUGUUUAUGGAAAUCCACAAAAAUGCUUAACAUAAU